AUGUUCGUCGAGGGCGCCAACGAGGUGGCCGGCGGCAUGAGCACGGAGGCGAUCGCCUCGCUCGACGUUGCCGUCGCGGGCCAUGUGCUGGCAGCGGUGCGCACCCAGGCGGAGGAGAUGCUGCGGGCCAUGCGCGGCGCGGUCGCCUCCCCGGACGCGCAGGAGGCGGGCGGGCGCUUCGUUGGCGCGGCCGUGACCAGCCUGGAGGUGAAGGACGUCCUGAUCUCGCUGGGCAUCAGGGACGUGCUCGUGGCGGCGGUGAAGCAGCAUCCGCGGCACCCCGGCGUGCAGGACAGCGUGCAGUACGCUCUGCUAAAGGUCGUUGGCUGGCGUGCUCCCGCAGAGGUCCUCGGCGACCCGGAGCUCGCCGCCUCGCCCCAGGCCGUCAGCGCCGCGCUCUGGGCCCUGGGGAGCCGGGGGGCGGGCAGCGAGCAGCACUGGGACGUCGACUCGCUGGCGGCGCUGCCGUGGGCGGAGCGGCGCGAGCUUGCCGAGCUGGCGCGUGCCGCCCUCGAGCGGUUCCCAGACAACCUGGUGUUGCGGUCGCGAAGCCUAGACGUCAUGGGCCUGAUGCUCGGCGCCAAGGUGCCCGGGUCGGACCACGAAGUGGCCGCUAUGGCCGUGCCGCCCAUCGUCCUGGCGAUGCAGGCCCACCUGGACGAACGCGACCUGCAGUGGAGCGCGGCUCGAGCUCUGGUGAGGGUGGUCGAGGGCAACUCGAGCGCCAUCAGGUCGUUGCGUGCGUACAGGAACGAGUUCAUUGCACUCUUGGACUCCAUCAUGGCACUGCAGGAGCACAGUCAGACUCUCUCCAACCUGAGCAGGGUUCGACUGACGGUCGCUGGAGUGGUGGGCGUGCUGGAGGCCAUCCAGGGCGGUCGGUGGGGGAAUGCGCAGGUCGAGGCGUCUUUGCAGGCCAUCGAGAAAGCGGAGGAGUGCGACUCCUCAAGUUUGCUCAAGAUCGACGCCGUAGGGCUCAUCAUCACCAGGGGAAUGGGCCAGGACUGCCCCGCUCCAGCCGGGAUCACGGCGCUGGGGCGCGUGCUCGAGUUUCUCAUCCAGGAUGCCACGGCCGCCGCGUGCAGCACGGGCGGUGAUCUCUCCCAGCACCAGGACGCGAUCCAGCGGGGAGUGGACGCCAUCGUCUGCAGGCUGCAGGCGGAGGUGCAGAGCGUCGAGGCCGGCGGGAAGCCCUACGUGAAGGUGUACUCCCGGGCGCUGAUCGCCCUGCGCAACGUCUCUCGGCGCAGCGACAGCCUUGGGGCGCGGAUCGCCGCGAGCCCGACCGUCAAGGCCGCGAUGAAGAUCGCGCUCGAGAGGGACUAUCUGGCAACCUUCGGCCCAUCCCGCCACUGGAAUGAGGCCCACCUCUGGACAUCCGACAUGAGGACGCGGGAGGAAGGGGCCGAAGCGGGACUUUUCGCGAGCCGCGCGCGCGGCCAGCACUCCAAGCACGUGUCUGACCUCAUCGAGUUUGUCGAGGAGGAGAUCUGCGAGGCGGAUGACGAGGACUCGGCCCCGGCGAGGGAGUCGAUGGGCAAGCAGAAGGCGCUGGACAAGAAGCUGUUCAUCCUGGCGUCCGUUUUGCACGCCGCCGACAUCUCCAACCCGUGCAAGCCACACAAGUUGAUGCUGAAUUGGACGGAGAAGGUCCUCGCAGAGUUUUGGGACCAGGGCGACGAGGAGCUGCGCCUUGGCCUGGAGGUGUCGCCCCUGUGCGACCGCCAGGCGGGGAUGAAGGCCGUGCCCAAGGGGCAGAUCGGCUUCAUCAACUUCGUGGUGCAGCCCUUCUUCGCGCCGAUGGUACGCAUCAUACCGGAGGUGCAGGAGGCCCUGGACGCCCUCGAGCAGAACAAGGCCUUCUGGCAGACGAAGGACGAGGAGGGCGCCGCCUUCUUCGACAUCUACCCGCGCUGCAGCCCUGCCGCCUCCGACGCCGCGCCCGCGCUCGAGCCCGGUGCGGCCGUCGGCGCGGCCUUCGCGCCGAGAAACCGGGUGGCCUCCCUGGAGCCUCCCCCGGACGAGAGCGACGACAGUGGCUGA